UAGGAUAUCUAGGGGACACAUGCCACUACAUCAUCGUUUUGUUUAAAAGUCUUCAUCGGACUAGGAUAUUCAUCUUAGAUAAGUAGAUACGUACAUAGUCAUCUAGUUUGGUCAAAACGCCUGAACAGCCUCGGACAUUUAGCAGAGGUAUAUACUUUACGUGUAAAUUAACUAUGUCUAUAGCAGGUAAAUGUUACGGGAAUAGCUUCACAUCUUUAGCAAUCGCCAUUCUGAUUAUUUUCCAAAUUAAUUUGUGUCCUGUUGAUGCCGAUUCAAUGAAAAUGGCAACAUUCACAUCAUUGAAGUCUGUUAUUGCCAACAGAAGAAUUGACACAGACUUAGUCGUAGAAAAAAUGAACUAUCGGAAACUUAACUGUAUGUCGGAUUGCCUGACUGAUGUAAACUGCGAAUCGGUUGGUUACCAUAGUAACCAGAAGAGAUGUCGGCUGUACAGAGUUCUUAUUUCCGGUUCCGAUGGUGUCCCUGAAAAUGGAUGGAAAUAUUUUUCAAUUCGGGAAGAUUUCUGCCCAACGGAAAAUUUCACUCACAACCGGAUUGCUGACGUGUGUUACGCCAUUUCCCCGGAAAGAAAACCGUGUGGUGAAGCUGCCACUAUUUGUUCCAGCUUGUCUGCUCGCCUAUUGGUCGUGGAUAGCCAGAUGAAACAGGACUGGGCACGUGACUUAUGUGUGAGACAAAACAUCGAAGGGGUUCAUUUUGAUGUGUACUUCGAAAGAGAAGGAUCUGCGUUGAAGCUCGGGAGCUCUGGCAUGGACCUAACAUACACGAACUGGGCCAUAGGUCAACCGGACUAUGGACAACCUUGUAUUGGCAUGGAAGCCUGGCAUGAGUGGCGCUGGCAUGAUUAUGUAAGAAGUUUGGAGGCUGGAAUAAUAUGUGAAAUACGCCGCCCUUGAAGUAAAGUUCAAUCGAAAACUCCCAUACGUAAGACACGAUUAUAUAAAAAGCAAAAAAAAAAAAAAAAAAAAGAAGAAGAAGAGGUUUUUCGCAUACAACAUAGUGAAUGUCGAGUUCUCAUAAACUAUCUAUGUUAAACGGAAAAACACGUACAUGUACCUAAUAAA